AUGAAAAAAUUAUACUGUGUAUUAUUAUUGAGCGCCUUUGAGUUUACUUAUAUGCUAAACUUUGGAAGAGGAGAGGAAAAUAGGGACGAGUCAUUACGUCAACUUGUUGAUGUGUUUCGUUCAAUCAACAAUCAUAAUGAAAAUUCAUUAGAUGAACAAAAUCCAUUAGGAAACCAAGAAUCAUCAAAUCACCAAGAUUUAUUAAAUCACCAAAACACCCAUCACGUACCACAUGAACAAAAUUUAUAUUCAAGUAAUGAGGAAGUAGAAAGAAGUAAUCAUAUGAGUAAUCCAUGGACCGAAUAUAUGGCAAAAUAUAAUAUUGAAGAAGUUCAUGGUUCAGGUAUAAGAGUAGAUUUAGGAGAAGAUGUUGAAGUAGCUGGAACUCAAUAUAGAGUUCCAUCAGGUAAAUGUCCAGUAUUUGGUAAGGGUAUAAUUAUUGAAAAUACAAAUACUAGUUUUUUAAAACCUGUAGCUACUGGAAAUCAAAAUUUGAAAGAUGGAGGUUUUGCUUUUCCCUCAACAAAUCCUCCUAUUUCACCAAUGUUAAUAGAGAAUAUUAGACAUUCUUAUAGAUAUAAUGAAGAAAUGAAAAAUUUAGAUGAUGUGACUUUAUGUUCAAGACAUGCAGGAACUAUUGUACCAGAUAAUGAUCAAAAUUCAAAUUAUAAAUAUCCAGCUGUUUAUGAUGAAAAAAAUAAAACGUGUUACAUAUUAUACAUUGCAGCUCAAGAAAAUAAUGGUCCUAGAUAUUGUAAUAAGGAUGAAAAUAAUAGAAACAGCAUGUUUUGUUUUAGACCAGCAAAAGAUAAUUCAUUUCAAAACUAUAUAUAUCUAAGUAAAAAUGUAGUUGAGAACUGGAAAUCUGUUUGUCCUCAUAAAAAUGUAUAUGAUGCAAAAUUCGGUUUAUGGGUAGAUGGAAAUUGUGAAGAAAUACCACAUGUAAAUGAGUUCCCAGCUAAUGAUCUUUCUGAAUGUAAUAAACUAGUCUUUGAAUUAAGUGCUUCGGAUCAACCUAAACAAUAUGAACCAAAUUUAACUGAUUAUCAAAAAAUUCAAGAAGGAUUCGUAAAUAAUAAUCUUAAUAUGAUCAAAAGUGCUUUUCUUCCCACUGGUGCUUUUAAUGCAGAUAGAUAUAAAAGUCAUGGUAAAGGUUAUAAUUGGGGAAAUUAUAAUAGAAUAACCCAAAGAUGUGAAAUUUUUAAUGUUAAACCAACAUGUUUAAUUAAUACUUCUUCCUAUAUUGCUACUACUGCUUUGUCCCAUCCCACAGAAAUUGAACGCAGUUUCCCAUGUUCAAUAUAUAAAGAUGAAAUAAAGAAAGAAAUCGAAAGAGAAUCAAGACUAAUUAAUUUAAAUGAUAAUAAUGAAGGGAAUGGAAAAAUUAUAGCUCCAAGAAUUUUUAUUUCAAAUGAUAUAGAUAGUUUAAAAUGCCCAUGUGCCCCAGAAAUGGUAAGUCAUAGUACAUGUAAUUUCUAUGUAUGUAGAUGUGUAGAAAGAAGAGCAGAAGUAACAUCAAAUAAUGAAGUUGUAGUUAAAGAAGAAUAUAAAAAUGAAUAUGAUUAUAUGCAUGAAAAUAAACCAACGUAUGGAAAAAUGAAAAUUACAAUUGCAGCAUCAGUUGCUAUCUUUAUAUUAGCAGCUAUUUUAAUGGUUUAUCUUUAUAAAAGAAAAGGAAAUACAGAGAAAUAUGAUAAAAUGGAUCAACCACAACAUUAUGGUAAAACAAAAUCAAGAAAUGAUGAAAUGUUAGAUCCUGAGGCAUCUUUUUGGGGUGAAGAAAAAAGAGCGUCACAUACAACACCAGUUCUAAUGGAAAAACCAUACUAUUAA